GGUGGUGAGGAGUCACGUGCUAAGAACAGGUGCGUCUGCACUGACUUUAUUGCUGUGARUGUGCCUGAGCAUCAAGUUGUUUCUGAGUCUGCCUCUCGUUCCUGAGUGUGUUUGUACACGUGAAAAAAGACUGACAGUUCAGCUGAUUAAACCCUUCAAAAAAACGUGUUUUUAUGUGGUACAAUUCGCUCUGCGCCUCCUGAAAUCCCACCCCUGCGCGCGUGCGCCAGUUUGCGGUCAGCCCGUUCGUGUGCGCGUGAGCGCGAACCUGCGCGAGCUCGAUGAGCGGCGGCGACGACGACAGGAGGAGGAAGACAGGCAGACAGUUGUCGUGGCUCCGAGUCGGCCCGGAUGGCACCGAGGUCCCGCUGACCCGCAGAGCACAGGACAAGUGGCGCCUCGGCGGGUGGGCGGUGGGGCUGUGCGUGAAGCUGAAGGAGGUCAGGAUGGACGGGAAGGGCACCCUGAAGAUGUUCACCAGGAAGAAGCGCGAGCUGAUCAAGACGCCGUCCAUCUCGAAGAAGAGCCGAGCAGGAAGCCCUGGGCCGCAGAGCAGCGCUCCGUCUGCAGCGCACAGUCGGAGCAUGUUGAAACGUGGAGGCAAAAGUAGCUACAACCCUUACUCGACGGGUCAGAGAGUUAAGAAAGAGGCCAAAGAGAAGGACAGGCUGGACAUACUGCCCAACAAACACACCGUGUGGCUCAAACAGCUGUCCAUUCUCCARGAGCAGCCUCGGAAAGAUGCUGGCGAUGCCGUUCUCUCCUCCUCACCUUUGUCSUCCUCUUCUUCUUCUUCAACUCUCACCACGACCUCAGCCAGCCUCCAGGACCCGUUGGCGUCGUGCCCGGGCACACCCAGCGCCCAGCACAGCAAGCUGGCGGCGAUGCAGGUGGUGGGCUGCGCGUCUCCCGUGGGCACCCUGAAACGACCCACCGCCCUGAGCCGGCACGCGAGCGCUGCAGGGUUCGCUCUCCCAUCAUGGGUCCACACAAAAGGUCAAGGGAAGGGGGCCUUGACGCCCUCUCCCCAGUCUGAGAGUCCAGAGAGCACKGUCAUUGAGGUGGAGGACAUUCCAGCCCUGCUGAGGGAUGUCGCGCGCUUCGCAGAGGCAGUGGAGAAGCUUAAGGAUGUUGUGCUGACUGAGGGAAAGGAGAGCCAGCGCCCUGUAGCACACGAGUGUUUGGGAGAGGUGCUGCGGGUUCUGCGUCARGUCAUCAACACAUACCCUCUGCUCAACACUGUGGAGAUCCUCACUGCUGCUGGGAAACUCAUAUCUAAGGUCAAAGGUUUCCACUAUGAGGCGUGUAAUGAAACAGACAAGAAGGACUUUGAGAAGGCGAUUGAAACUAUUGCUGUUGCUUUUAGUGGCAAUGUGUCUGAACUAUUGAUGGGAGAAGUGGACAGCAGCACCCUGCUCUCCCUGCUGCCCACUGAGAAGAGCAGAUCAAUGGAGAACCUWUAUGCUGCGACGAGCCAGGGAGCAGAGGGGGGACACUUCAGGAGUGACCUGCAGGAUAUGGGCAGAGUUGAGGAAGUGGAUGUGAUGCUGCAGCGCAGCGAGGGUGGGGUGGACUCUGCUCUGCUCUAUGCCAAGACCAUUUCCAAGUACAUGAAGGACCUCAUGAGUUACGUGGAAAAGAGAACUUCACUGGAGGCUGAGUUCUCCAAAGGACUCCAGAGGCUUUAUCACUCCUGCAAGCACAGCAUAACACAUCCCCACAUGCCGCUGUUCUCCAUCUACUCUCUUGCUCUGGAGCAGGAUCAGGAGCAGAGUGUGGGUCUGCAGCAGGCCAACACUACCCUGCACACCCAGACCUUCAUCCAGCCUCUGAUGCAGCGCAAACAGGAGCACGAGAAGAAGCGGAAGGAGAUCAAGGAGCUGUGGAUUCGAGCAAAGAGAAAACUGAUGGAGUGUGAGACAAACCUGCGAAAAGCCAAGCAGAUUUACAUGGCCCGCUGCGAGGAGUACGAGAAGGCCAAAACGGCAGCCUGCCGGGCGGAGGAGGAGGGAGGUGGAUCAACGGCAAAAUCUCUGGAGAAGAAAAAACGAGUGGAAGAAGAAGCUCGCAACAAGGCAGAUGAGGCGGAGGCCACCUACCGUACUUGUAUAGCUGAUGCCACCACUCAGCAGCUGGAGCUGGAGCACACAAAGGUCACGGUGCUGAGGCAGCUGCAGGACGUCAUCAAGCAGAGCGACCAGACGCUCCGCUCGGCGACCAUCUCCUACUAUCAGCUCAUGCACAUGCAGACGGUGGCACUGCCGGUCCAUUACCAGACUCUGUGUGAGAGCAGCAAACUGUACGACCCCGGCCAGCAGUACGCUGCCCACGUGCGAGACCUGCAGCUCCCCGAGCAGCCCAGCAUCCAAUACAUGUUUGAGGCAUACUCCCCUUCCAAUUCAUCACAACACGGCCACAGACCCAGAAAUGACAGCUUCAACACCGACCCAAACACAAGCCACACAGACUCUCCUGCCUCCAGUAUGGACUCAGCAGCUGCAGAAUCAGAGGCUCACCGCAAACGACAAGGCCACAAGUCAUGGGGUUCAACAGUGAGCAACGACAGUGUUGGAGCAGAGGAAGGUUUGGAUUCUCCCACCACCAGCACAGGCGACAUCCCUAAAAUUGCUCGAACAUCGUCAACUGGAACCAUGUCGUCUGAUGAGGAAGCCGAUGAGAAAGACAGAAACAUGGCUUCAUUUGAAACUCCGAAUAUUAACGGCAUGGAUCCAGACGUGGUAGUUUCCGCCAGACCAUUUCGAAACAUCGGCUUAUCCAAAGCAGCUCAGACUCACCGGCUGAGGAAGCUUCGAACUCCUGCCAAAUGCCGCGAAUGUGACAGUUAUGUUUACUUCCAGGGAGCUGAGUGCGAGGAGUGUUUCCUGGCGUGUCACAAGCGCUGUCUGGAAACUCUUGCCAUCCAAUGUGGUCACAAGAAGCUGCAGGGUCGCCUGCAGCUGUUCGGCAGGGACUUCUCUCAGGUUGCCAGCUGUGCCAGUGAYGGCAUCCCCUUUAUCAUCACCAAGUGCAUCUCCGAAAUAGAGAGACGUGCACUCAAAAUGAAGGGGAUCUACAGGGUGAACGGAGUAAAGACUCGUGUGGAGAAACUUUGUCAGGCCUUUGAGAACGGGAAGGAACUGGUGGAGCUGUCUCAGUGUUCGCCACAUGACAUCAGCAACGUCCUUAAGCUGUAUCUCAGACAGCUGCCUGAGCCCAUCAUGCCUUUCCGUCUGUACAACAGACUGAUGGGUUUGGCAAAGGAGAGUCUUCAGGGAGAGGAGACAGAGUCCAGUGCUACUAAUCCAGCUGUGGUCAGGGGCCCAGAGCUGGUGAACCUAGGGUCUAACACUGACCCAGAGAUCCUGGUCUUAGUGGACAGUCUGAAGGAGGUCCUUAAGGAACUUCCCAAGGCUAACUUCUCUACGCUUCGCUACAUCGUUCGCCACCUUCGAAGGAUUGCAGAGCUGGAGGAAGACAACAAGAUGAGUCCCAGUAACUUGGGGAUUGUGUUUGGGCCCUCUUUAAUGCGGCCUCGUCCAACCGGGGCCACGAUAUCCCUGUCGUCUUUGGUUGAUUACCCCCAUCAGGCUCGUAUUGUGGAGGCCCUAAUCGUCUUCUACUCAUCCAUCUUCCAGUCCAAAACUUCUCAAUCCAACAAAACGUCUCGCUCUGCUUCUACCUCCACUCAGCAGGAAAGUACAGCACAAGAGAAGACGGGGAGUGUUGUAGACAGAGAGGAGCAGACCAAACCAGACUCUGACAAGCAGGAGGAGGGAUGUGAAAGUUCUUUGGGCUCACUGGGCUCCAGCGAGCAGCUCCCCGACUCUGACUCAGAGCUAGAGGAAGUGGGCCAGAGACCCCGAAGUCUGAUGAAGCAGGAAAGUGAGGUGAGCAUGGAUGAAGACCAGCUAAGCUACAGGGACAGCCUGGACCUGUCCACCCACACUGACCUGGAGCAGRAUCCCGACAACCUAGAGGCAGGGGGGCCGCCCGCUCUGCCGGACAGCGGGCUUCCUGAUGACGAGGCAGAGCAGGAAGUGACCACCUCUCUGGCAGAGCUCAGUGUAAACCAGUCCAACAACAAUAAUAAUAAAACCUACUCUCCUGCACCGAACCUGUCAGAACUCCCACUGACCUGUCUGUGUGGGAAGAAUUUACCCCUGACAAGAAACCGGGACAUGGAGCCUGAGUUUGUCUAAUGUCACAGUCAAAAUCCAUACGUGGAAGUGUCUGAUGGGACUGAACGUGGUUUUGUUUGAAAUCUAAAAGCCAAAAUUUAUAUUUUUUGUACAUCAAGACUGAACAUUGAAACGUCUGCACUCAUUGCUUUUUGAUGCAUUUAACCUUAAAGGGUUAYGCUUUAAUGAUUUAUUUUUUUAUUUCCUAUAAGUUAGUGGUUCCACCUGUCGCAUCGUGUAAACUUUAAGCAGAUUUAUUUUUAAGUGCUGCUGGUUUUAUAUCAGCCUGGUAUUUUUUUCAGUUUAGCAGUCUGUCACCUGUACUUCCUUAUGAAUGUUGGAACUAUUUUAAUAAAUUCUCUCAAGUUUAAAAUUG